GAGCACAAGAGGAGCGAAACAUGGCGACCUCGAAUAAUCCGCGAAAAUUCAGCGAAAAGAUCGCGUUGCACAACCAGAAGCAAGCGGAAGAGACAGCAGCGUUCGAUGAGGUGAUGAAAGACCUGAGUAUCACUCGGGCGGCCCGUUUACAGUUACAGAAGACACAGUAUUUACAGCUUGGUCAGAACCGAGGACAGUACUAUGGUGGCUCUUUGCCAAAUGUCACUCAGCUUGGAAACACCACCGUUGACCUUCCCUUUGAGACUGCUUUUCAGAAUUCAGGGUUGGACUCGAGUAGAAUGACUCGUCACCAUGGGCUGGUGGACAGGGUCUAUCGGGACCGAAAUCGGAUCACGUCCCCAAACCGCAGACCCCUCUCUGUGGACAAACAUGGCCGACAAGUUGAUAGCUGUCCAUAUGCCUCUGUGUAUCUGUUACCCCCACCUGAUUCCAGCUGGAGGAGGACCAACUCAGACUCUGCCCUGCACCAGAGCACUUUGAACCCAAACCCACAAGAUGCAUUUGCAGGAGGAUCUCAAGAAUUGCAGCUAAAACAAGUUUUUCUUCUCACUGUGCCAGGAACAGGGGAACCAGAAAGUGACAUGGACAAAGAAGGUCAAAAACAGAUAUGGGAUCAUAAAAAGAAUACUUCAUCAAGGCCCAAGUCAAACAAAAUACCUGGAAUCAACAUAUUUCCAUCUCCAGAUCAGGAAAUGACUGCAUCUUUAAUCCCAGUGGCACACAACACAGGCGGCUCUCUGCCAGACCUCACCAACAUCCAGAUCCCACCUCCUCUUCCCACACCUCUGGACCCUGAUGACUCCUCCUCCUCUUUCAGUUGCUCCAACAGCACUGGCAAUCUGGCCAACACUCACAUGGGCCUCACUUCUGCCAGCCAAGGUGUGAUGUCAGCACAACCUACAGUGACUGGCAGUGUUCAACGCCGUCAUGAGAAUGUGGUUCCUCUGAUUCUCAACACUGACUCCCAGCAGCAUCAUAGUCUUCAGCAGCUGUCGCCCACCCUCUCUCCUCCACUCUCUCUUGCACAGGUGGAGACGAUAGAUGCCAUGAUGCUGGAGCAACAGUUGGCUCAGUAUGCUUUCUUCAGUCAGCCAUCCACACAGAUGCAGGGAGUCAGUGGCCUUCUUCAGCUCCAGCAGAACACUCAGCUGCCACCUGUCUCUAGCAGCCAGACACAGACCUCUGUGGGCAUUGAUAUUAACAUGGCUGCUUCCCUCCAGCAGUACCGCUGUAGGGUGGGGUCUUCAGCCAAUCAGUCUCCGACUUCUCCAGUCUCCAAUCAAGGCUUCUCUCCGGGGGGCUCGCCUCAACACUCCUCCAUUCUUGGAAGUGUCUUUGCUGAUGCCUUUUAUGACCAGCAGCUGUCUCCUCGGCAGACCAGUGCUUUGUCUCAGCAGCUGGAGCAGUUCAACAUGCUUGAGAAUCCCAUCAGUCUGUACAGUGAGGGUUCUACUCUGAACUACUCUCAAGCUGCAAUGCUCAACUUGACUGGGAGCCACGGCAACCUGCAGGACGCACAGCAGCUAGGCUACAGCAGCCAUGGUAACAUCCCCAACAUCAUUCUCACAGUUACAGGAGAGUUUCACCCCAGCCUUUCCAAAGAGUUCUCUGACUGUCUGACAGGUGAUGUGAGCUUUGACGCAGAUUCCCAAUUCCCCCUGGAUGAGUUGAAAAUCGAUCCACUAACUCUAGACGGCCUGCACAUGCUCAACGAUCCUGACAUGGUCCUUGCCGACCCUGCGACAGAAGAUGCUUUCCGGAUGGACAGGCUGUAAUCUUUAGGUAUAUACUGUUCAUUUGUCUUUCUUUGAGAUUGGUGUGGUUAAGUGGGAGAGAAGCUGUCAUCUCUACAGCAUGUCUGGGGAACACCUGACCCUGUUUCUCAAAACCCUCCCUCCGGGAAUACGGGUGGUCAAUGACACUGCUGAGAAUGUUGCCACAGUAUGCUGUCACAUCUAAUGAAUCCACCUUUUGAGAAAGCAGCCCAGCAUUUCUGUAAUACUCGCACCUCAACAAUUGUGGUUCUUUUAGCUCUAUAUAAAUGAUUGCGACAACACUAUGUAAGCUCCCUUCAUUUCAUUUCCUGUAGAAGCCCCCCCCCUCCUCCUCCUCGGCAGCACCAAUCACAUCCUUCUGAUGCCCGCAGGCUCACCUAUCACUAGGUCAUACAUGCCUGUGUUACAUGCCACUUUUAAAGAUUAAUAUUUAUUUAUGCACUUUUAUACAUGCAUAUGCUACCAAAAACAUUGUUUGCCAUGAGCUGUUUUUAAUUUAUUUUCUUAAACAAAUGUUUCUUGUUCAUAAGACCAGUAACGGUGAAAAAGGAGUGUUAAUCCUCCCCAUUUUAAGGGCAGUAUUGUAGUUCUCAUGCAUUACAUGCAACACAUUUUCACUUUCCACAUGAACACUAAUGUACCUGAAGACAGCUACAGUUGUUCAGUGCAGUCUGAACUUAUGAUUGUAAUGUUUUUAAAUGUCUAGUUUUGUCACACUUUGCUGAGAUGCAGUGGUACAGCUUAAGGCUAAUGUGGCUAAAAAUGACAAAGCACUGUGUAAUGAUUGUGGUCAAAUUAAUCUGCAUCAAUUGGAAAUUCUAAUAUCCUUUGUGCAUAAAGGAAUAUUCGGGGUUCAAUACAAGUUAAGCUCAAUCGACAGCAUUUGUGGCACAAUGCUGAGUACCGUAAAAAUUAAUUUUGACUCGUCCCUCCAUUUCUUUAAAAAAAGCAAACAUCUGGGUUACAGUGAGGCACUUACAAUGGAGGUGAAUGGGGCUAAUGCGUAAACAUCGUAAACAAAAGUAUUGACUCAAAAAAGAAAACAAUAUGCAUCAUAACAUGAUUUUAGUGUGAUAAAAUUGCUUAUUAACUACAUUUCUGUGUGAAGUUUUAUCCAGUUUUACAACUUUGUUCCCAUGACGUAAUACCAUAAACACUAAAACCCUAAAAAGACAGAAAAGUCUAUUUAAACAACUUAACAGCUCUGUUUUAGUUGUUUUAACCGAAGAAUUAAUGUAAGUGAUUUUAUCAAAUUAAAAGCUUCAUAUUUCUCUUUAAACCCUCCAAGAAUUGACCCCAUUCACUUCCAUUGUAAGUGUCUCACUGUAACCUUGAUUUGGGCUUUUUUUAAAGAAAAGGAGAGACGAGUCGAAAUUAAUCAACAUUAUGCCAGAAAUGCUGUCUGUUGAGCUUAAAACACAUCCAGACCUUUAAACGUGCAGAAUAUGCACAUGAUUACAAUGUAAAAAGCACUAAAUAAAAAAGUUAGCAGAUCUGUAAACAUCUGUCUAGCAGUUCUGUAUGCACUAGAAAACCUUUUCAUGCCAUUGAAAUGGUUCAUUUUGAAUCAGUAGACCUAGACAUUCAAUGUACAGUGUGGAUGUAAUGUGACGAUAUUGCUCUUUAUGUACAGCCAUGUUAUCUAUAAAUGCAGUGUACAUGGUACAAUCAAUGUAAUGCUGAAAACUUUUAGGUCAGAUUUCUUUGUUUACUUGUAAAGAAACGUGAAGCCACACUACAAGAUCAUAAUGAACAUUUGCAUGUAUGUAUCAAAACUAGUCACUGUGAUAACCAGAUUCUGCCUUGCAUUGAGAAGAUGCGGUUUUUUUCAAUUCUGUUGUGUGAAGAUGUACUCUGUAGCUGAAGGUUUGUUUUCUGUUUAUGGAAGAAUUUGGUACUGUAAAAUAUGCUGUUAACUCAUAACAAAAGGGUUGUCUUUGCACUCAUAUUUGUCCUUUGUUGUUUCAUGAUAUCAUAUGCCCAAAAGGGGAGGUUUACUACUCUUUUUAAUUUUGUCACAUUCAUCUUUCCUCAUAUUUCCUCAGAAUUUUUAUACUCGUACCACUUUUGUAAGUGUGAGAAUUUUGUUUACAAAACCAUUUGAAAAGAACAUUAAUACGAUCUUGAUGUAUAAAUUAACUAACAAAAUGUUAAAUAUAUAAAAAAUAUUUUGAGAAAGUUUGUUAUCCAUGGAAAAUUUGUCUCCAUAUAAGGGGAUAAUCAGAUUUGGAAUAAUACCUAUGCAAAGCAUAAUCAAACAUACUAGAACACGAAAAUAUAUAUUAAAAAAAUGACUCAAAGUACAGUAGCUUUUCUAGCAUCUGUGGGUUCUGAGUCCAUGCAGCUGCAUUUUAAUUAUCUUGUAUGGAUUGCUUUGUCUAUUUCCAGCAAAAAAGGACAAAAGAGAAGCAAUUUGUGGAUGAAAAAAGUUUUUAAUUCUCCGUUUUGCUAAGGGAUUCUUCCCACAAGGGAUCUGAUUGCAUUGUGUACAUUAUCUGUCACAGAAGCAUAACCAACAUGUGCUUUGACUAUUAUUGUCAUGAGGAUCAUGCUUCAUAUGUUCAAAAUGUGAUAUAAUUGACAGGAAGGAUGUGUCAGGUAAUCAGUUACUCUUAUAUUUCUUUACUUGACUGCCUCAUUGAGAGAACAGCUUUGCUGAAACCAGAAUGUAUUUUAUCACUUUUUAUGUAGGACCAAACAUAUUACUGAAACUAGCAUUAUUUUUGUUACUGUGACAUUUGUGCACAUUUCCAUGUGUUGAAUAGUUGCCCUGCAUUGUUGUGGCCCCUCCAUUUCACUUGUAAAAGGCUGCAUUGUACAGAUGCUCAUGUCUCCCUUUUUUUUUUGUUUCAUGUCUGACCAUCACAAGUAUUGGUGAUUACAAGCUCUGCACUUUUAUCUCUUUGGCAUUUUAUUUUUCAUCUCUAUAUUUGUACUCAUUUCCAUGAACUUACUGCAUAAUAUCAGUUCCUACAUUUACUUGGCACUUUAACCGAUAUUCAGUUCAUUUUUUUUCAUACUUUUCUCACCCCUCUGAGUGACUGUUAAGUGCACUGGGUCUAUUUUCCUCCCAUGUUUGGCCGACUUUGCCUUUUUCUCUAAGACAAGUAUUUUUGAAAAGGAAAAAGUAUCUGUUGUCUACUUAUGAUUUAUACUUGGUCAACGCAAAAAAGAUAACUUUUUUAUGUAGUAUUAGACAAGUAUGAAAGUUCCCCAAUGUUAACAAAAUGCAUUAAUGAAGGCAAGUUGCUUUUCUGCAUCUCAAUUCUGCAUAGACCAGUUUUACCUUUAUAAAGCUUUCAUCUUUGGAUUGAGGUGUAUCAUCACCAUGAAUUGAAAAGUCCAUAAAAUGUCUGGCUAAUAAGGAAGAGCAUGCAGAAAAGAAAAGGCUCUUCAUCAAUGUAACCCCCAACUUAUUCAGUCUCUAAUGUAUGCACAGCCUUCACAUAAAUGUACAUAAAUGCUACACUUAUAAAUUUCUCUAUUUUAAAAAUCUAACAUUAGUGCUUAAAAUAUCAGGAGUGUGUAAAAAAAAAAAAAAAAAAAGUACAUAAAUGAACAAUAUGGAACUGUAUGUUUUUACAUUAUAAAAUGCUUGAAGUGGACGCUAUACUGUUUCUCUGUUCAGGGGUUUCACACUUUCCUCUAACUAAUGGUUUAAAUACACAAAUCUAUGUUCAUUAUAAAGUGAGCUCACAUUUACAGCCAAGUUGUUAAAGAAGAAUCCUUGCUGCAAAUAUACAUGCAGUUUUGCUUUUCAGCUUCUAUACACUGAACCUUGUUAAACCUUUGUGAAAUAAUUUCCUCUAAUGUCUUUGUUUUGUGUUGGGUGCAGUAGACCUAUUUGUUUCUGGCAGAUAUUCUUUUGCUUUGUUUUCUUAUGUAUGUGUAUUUAAAAUUUGAUGUUUAAUACUGUAAAUGUCGUCUUCACAAGCUCAAGUUCUGUUUGCUGCAGUGUAUUGUUGUAGAUCUGUGGUUUCUUUGCUAUGGUUUCUUUAUCCACUCAUUUCUGAGAUUUCCAAAUAUCUGACAAUUUGCUAUAGAUUUAUUUAAGUUAAAAAAUGUCCUCAACGGAGAAGAAAAAAAAAAGAUAUUUUACAGUAAACAAUUGAAAAUGGCAUUUUACACUUUACAAUUGUAAACUGCAACAAUUCAUAGAAUUUCUCUAACUUCUCUAUCUGAUGUUCCAAACUGACUCUUGUCUCUAAGAGCAAACCAAGUUGAAAUUAUUAUUUAUAUUUGAAAUAUGAAGAUCUAAAGGUUAGUUUUAUGGUUAUCCUGUAACAUAAUAUCUGGGUAUGAAUGGAAAUAAAGUAUCAUAAAAACAAACCAUUUUUCAAGUCACAUAGGGCUGCAUUAUUAGAUUCCGCUAAUUUGCACCGAUAAACACACCUUAAAUACAUUGCCCUACAAAGACAAAACACAAUAACAAUGCCAACCAUAAAACUGAGAAAAGGGCUUAAUUUCCUUUUAUCUUUGUUUGUGUUGAACAUACACACAUGGUAAUGCACUAGAUAUACCUGAAUCUGAGCAUAGUUGAGUCAAACCACAGCCUAAAAGACCUGAAUAUAACUCAAAAGCUACUGUUUUUUUCUUUGCAUGGCAGUAAACAAUAGAAUGUUUUAUGUUUGUUUAUUUGCUUGUUUGUUUUCCCAAACAAUAACAAGUGUGGUAAUUUUUAGUUGUGAUGCUUUUCUUGCAUCGAGUGUGCCAAUAGAUUAGACUUUUCUCCCCAAUUUUGGAAUGCCCGAUUCCCAAUGCGCUCUAAGUCCUCGUGGUGAUGUUGUGACUCGCCUCAAUCCGGGUGGUGGAGGACGAAUCUCAGUUGCCUCUGCGUCUGAGAUCGUCAUUCCGUGCAUUUUAUCACAUGGCUUGUUGAGCGCGUUACCAUGAAGACGUAGAGCAUGUGGAGUCUUCAUGCUAUUCUCUGCAGCAUCCACGCACAAUUCACCACGUGCCCCACCGAGAGCGAGAACCACAUUAUAGUGACCACGAGGAGGUUAACCCAACGUGACUCUACCCUCCCUAGCAACCGGGCCAAUUUGUUUGCUUAGGAGACCUGGCUGGAGUCACUCAGCACGCCCUGGAUUCGAACUCGCGACUCCAGGGGUGGUAGUCAUCAUCAGUACUCGCUGAGCUACCCAGGCCCCCCGUUGAGUAUACCAGUAGAUUUGAUUUGAUCAUAUUCAACCUUGUUCAGAAUUAUUUGUGUUUGAUUUAUUUUUUCACUCUUUUUAAAAGAUAAGGCCUACUCAUUCUUGGAAUAGUUAGUUUUUUCAUUCCAGGAAAGUAGUUUGCAUACCAAUCAUUUGCCAAAAUGUCCAUUUCAAAUGGCCAGACAAAUAAAUUGUGACGGAAAUUGUAUACAUUUCUCUAUAAUGGACAAGCCAUUGCAAAAAGCCAAAGUUUGUUAUUUUUAGCUUUUUAAAAUAAGUAUAGCUUUUAAAUGCUUUAGCUACAGUUAUUUUUCUUCAAUAUAAAGAUAUAUGUAGAUACUUUUGAAUAAUUGUCAUUUUACAGCAGUGGCUGGCUGUCCCUAGUCUUUGUUGACAACAGUAAAAAUGCACUUAAAGAAAUCAUAUUUUAGGACAACCUUAUUUAAAAAAAUAUUAAGAAGUUUUUUAUCGUGAUGAAUAAUCUCUCCAUGGCCAACCAUUUACUAUAUCUCCUAAGCCUUUAACAAUAAAACUUGCUUUAUUUUGGGUGGAUUUUUGCUGCAUGGUACUGAAUAUUAAAAUACUCAUAGGUCUUGAUGUGUUGUCCUGCUUUUCUGCCGUUAUCAAGCUCUGAGAACUGCGUAUUUCAUUACUAUAACUCCUGCAACUGGAAAUAUCAUUUUUGACAGUGUUUUUUUGGUAUGCUUUUUGUUUGUUUUCAUUAAGUACAAAAAACUAUGUUAUAGUGCUAGAGAGGUGAUAUAAUGCAACCUAGUGCAGGGUUAAAAUGUGCACACAAAAAACUCUAAAAUCCUCUGACAGUAUGUGCAUAUGAAUGUGAACAGUCUCGUGGUUCAUAUUUCUACAAAGGCAGCUAAUUUCUAUUUUUUUUUUCAAUGUAUGAUAAUUGAGAUGUUGCACAUACAUUUGACUGCAAAGUUCAGACAUUAAUCCAAUUUUUUUGCAACAGGACAUACUUACCAAAUAUGCAAACCUAGCUUUCAGGAACAUAGCUUUGCAGCUUUGUGGUGGUUUUGUUUAUCCGACCCUUUAAAAAUGAAUGGAAAAUAUGUUUCAUGUACAAAGUGUUUUCUAUGAAAUAUAUAUUAAAAAAAAAAAGACGUUAUAAAACAACGUGGGCUGUGUAAACGUGCUACUUAUUUAAAACAAAAUUUAUCAAGCUUAAAUUCCAUUGUCCUUACUGUAUUUUUCGGUGUGGAAGCUUAAGUCUUUGUACCUUUGCAUAAAUAUUUGUUUAUUGAAUUGAAUAAAAAUGUCAAAAAAGCUUA